UGCAGAAGGGGAGGGGUCUUGAAAUAAGCUGAAAGGCAGCGAGAACGAUCGCCGCCUGGCCUGCCUUGCCAGUUGAAGUGAGAAGGGAAGGACUGAGGCCCGAGGAGGCUCCACGCAUGCAUAAGGGGCCGUUUGUUAUCAAGGGUGUUGUGAUGUUGCCACUGCCCCGCCUGCCCCGGGUCCUGCCAGUGCGGAAAGGGAAACUCCAGGGGAGGCGGAGGCCAGCGGAGAUUUCUCAAGCCAACCGGUCCCCUCCCUCCGCGGCGGGCAGGAAGAGCGACUCUGAGCAGCCACUUCCGGGCCCUGCGACUUUGAGCUGCAUUAUCACGGAGACGCCCCUCCUGAGGCCCGGCCAGUCGAAAGUUCUUGUCCACAGGCUCCCACCGAGGGGCGCACCAAUGGGACAGGGUCUAGUCUGCGGCAGACACGCCCCACUCUGGGCAUCGCGACGUCGGAGCACACAGAGCGUCAUUUCCGCCCUCAUCCUCGGCCCCACAGGAGGGGGCGGAGCCAAGCGGAAGGCGCGCGGCUUGUGCGUCACUUCCGAAGUCGACGACUUUUCCUGGGAGCCCCCGACCGAAGCGGAGACGAAGGUGCUGCAAGCGCGGCGGGAGCGGCAGGAUCGCAUCUCCCGGCUCAUGGGCGACUACCUGCUGCGUGGUUACCGCAUGCUGGGCGAGACGUGCGCGGACUGCGGGACGAUCCUCCUCCAAGACAAACAGCGGAAAAUCUACUGCGUGGCUUGCCAGGAGCUCGACUCAGACGUGGACAAAGAUAAUCCGGCUCUGAAUGCCCAGGCUGCCCUCUCCCAAGCUCGGGAGCACCAGCUCGCCUCUGCUUCGGAGCCCCCCUUGGGCUCUCGGCCUGCCCCUCAGCCCCCAGUACCCCGUCCAGAGCACUGUGAGGGAGCUGCAGCAGGGCUCAAGGCAGUCCAGGGGCCGCCCCCUCCUGCUGUGCCUCCAAAUGCAGAUGUCGUGGUCUGCACACAAGAGGCUCUCCUGCAGAAACUGACCUGGGCCUCAGCAGAGCUGGGCUCUAGCACCUCCCUGGAGACUAGCAUCCAGCUGUGUAGCCUUAUCCGGGCUUGUGCUGAAGCUCUGCGCAGCCUGCAGCAGCUGCAACACUAAAGAACCCCUCCUGAGAAAAUCCCUGUAGAAAAACAGCUGUUCCUCUUGUGUGAUUUUUUUCUUUUCUUGGUUCUGAGUGUGCAUGUAAGCCCCAGCUCUGCUCGUCUUUUUCCUACUUUUGGCCUCUCAUGCUGUCACAGUCUGGUCUCCUUGAUGCCCUGAGAGAUGAGUUGGGCUUGUUU